AUGUCCAUCUAUCAACUCCAUUCAUUCCAUCCGCUACACUAUCACAAAGUCACGCUACUAACACCUACCAGGACCAAGAGAACAAAGAAGGUUGGAAUCACCGGUAAGUACGGUGUCAGAUACGGUUCUUCUCUGAGAAGACAAUGUAAGAAGUUGGAAGUUCAGCAACACUCCAAGUACGACUGCUCGUUCUGCGGUAAGAAGACCGUCAAGAGAGAGUCGACUGGUAUCUGGUCUUGCAAGUCUUGUAAGAAGACCGUUGCCGGAGGUGCUUACACCGUUUCCACCGCUGCUGCUGCCACCAUCAGAUCAUCUAUCCGUCGUCUGAGAGAAUUGGCUGAGGCCUAA